AUGAAAUCCCUCCCCCUCGUCACCACCCUCCUCCUAACCCUAACCACAACGCCAACAACGCAAGCAUGGAGCUUCACCUGGCGCAACGCGUCCAACACGCCGUUCAUGGAGCGCAGCAUGUCGGCGGCGCCCUGCACGCAGAUCGACCAGGCGGAAGGCAAGGAAUUCGUGUUCGAGCCCAAUGACAGCCCCUACUCGUUCUACAUCUGGUCCAACGACAACUGCUCGGGUUCCUACAGCGGGUUCACGCCGCCGUCGCGGUGGGGCAAGAAGGCCUCGACGGAUCUGCGCUCGUUUAUGGUGAACUAUGGCGGGAAUGAUGGGCCGGCGACGACCGCUGUUUCUUCUUCUUCUUCGACCACCUCUUCUACUACUACUAGUAGUUCUACUUCGACGGGGACUGCCACGGGGGGUAGUGCCACCACCACUACUGCGGCUACUGCCUCGGCGAGUGCGACUUCGUCACCCGGGAACUCGUCCGGCUCGUCGUCGGGGAUAUCCGGGGGAGCGGUCGCGGGGAUCGUGAUCGGCGUGGUGGCCGGGAUAGCGGUCGUGGGGGGAGCAUUCUGGCUUGGACGCCGACGUCGCGGUGGAUCUGGAGGGAGCCCCGGGCAAGGAUUCGGGUCUGCGUCGGGGCCCGGGGCGGGAUAUGUGCAGCCGGGGACGCCGAUCGGGGGAUCCGAUGCGAUGCCGUAUGGCGGGGGUUAUAUGGGGGCGGAGGUGAAGGCGCCUCUACAGUCCAUGUAUGAGAAUCAUCCGAUGAGUCCUCUUCCUGUGUAUCAGCCGCCCGUGGGGCAGCAGUAUGCGGAGUUGCCGGGGGAGAGUGCACGGGUGGAGAUGAGUGAUACGUCGAGGGUGAAUGAGUUGGACGGCAGUGCGAAGCGGUGA